AUGUCUACUCCAGCUACAAACUCUACAUCCCGUCAUCUAACUACCACUACCACAAACUCGAGAACUCUUUCCAAAACGACCGAACCGGGGAAUUCUGCCAACUCCUCAAUACAACAGCCUCCUCCGUCACCUCGUGCGCAUUCCAAAUCAAUACUCACGAUAGCGCUACAGAAGGCUCAGUCUGCUGUGCUAUUAGACUCUGCCAAUAAUGUAGCCGCUGCGUUAGCCGCAUACAAGCAGACCGUAAGGCUGUUAUCGCAAGUAAUAGACAAGGCUGCUAAUGAAGCUGAUCGCCAAAGGUUACAGAAUAUUCACGACACAUAUGCCGAACGAAUCAAACUACUCUCAACUAUUGUCCCUCCCGCUAAUGAAGACGUAAUUAACUCGGAGAAUGGUCCAAACAGCGAUACACGCAAUAGUAAUCAUACUAGGCAACGGAGUGCUAGCUGCACAGAACCAGGAACUAGUCCACAGCCAGUGAUUAAUUCUAGAACAGUGGACAAGCGCAAAAAUAAUCCUUCUGAUCAUAAAAAGCAGAUCGAUGUUCUGGACAAGGCAACUCAGAAGAAGGCAAAAGUACUCCAACAUACUAAUUCAAGCCAAAUAGAUGAUCCAAGUCAUGUUGAUGUAACGAACGUUAACGGUAUUACGUUUAAUGCGAAUGAUCCAGAAUCUAUACAAAAGACAAGACCAACAAGAAAAAAAUCAACGUCUUCAAUAUCAACGACAAGAUCGUGGAACUCGAGAAAAUCGUUCAUGUCGGAUAAGACAACUCCCCCUCAUUCAGAUUACGAAUCAGCUGCAGAAAGACCAAAAUCACCUGCAGAAUCUACAGAAGGAAACGAAUCGUCAAUGAGUCUAUCUGAUAUUGGGUCGGGAUCGGAAGAUCAGUACGAUGUAUAUGGGCAGCUUAUCAGGGAUGAAGAAAUUAUUAUAAAGCAUGUAAAAAGCAAGAGUGAUCCAACAAGGAUCGAUACGAAUUCAAAUGGCAAUUCAAUGUCAUACAAACAACAAUUAUAUCAGUCGAUAAUUUCUGGCGAACAGAAGCGUUCUUCAUCAAUAAACUCUCCGCGUAUUCUAAUUCCACCACCCCCAAAGGGAGAUCCACCAAAACCCACACAACUUAAAACGCUUCAACCUGAAACUGUUUAUGUAAAACCCAAGGUCUCUAGUCCAACGUUUCUGCCUCCUGACCCACCAUCAGUUCCGCCGCCGCCAGGGGGGGAGACAUUAGAGAAAAAAUCACCCUCAGCCAGAGCUAGUCCCUCACCAAAACCAUUACCGAUUUCAUCCAAGUCAGAACCCAACCUAUUAGCAAGCCAGCAUCAAGACUCGAAUGGCGAUGUUUUUAGUCCCCCGUUACCAACCAAAACACGUUCGAAAGCAUCCCCUACAAAUGUAGUCAUAAAUAAAGUGUUUAGUAAAGAGUCACCUGCAAGCCGACGGCCAGGACCCCUUCCCUUGACGCAAGAAAAACAAAUCAACUCUCGCAUAGUACUUACUCGUGUAGCAUCGAGCCAAGAUACUACAACCCCAUCGAGUCCUGGUCCGCCCAGACGAUCGGCCUCAAAUCCUGGUCAAUCGCGAAAAGGCAGUAAUGGCUUGCGGUUUAAUCCACAUUUAUCGACUCUGCCCGGAUCUCCAACUGUAGCAUCGAAUUCGCCAACUUCGCCGUGGGUCUCGGGUUUUAAUGUGCAGUCGCCGGCGCUUUCUAGUCCAAUGUUUAGUCCGGGACUGAAUAGGUCAGACUCCGCAAGAGUAUACGAUGCAAGUUAUUCAUCGUUGUAUUCUGAGGACUCGGGUAUUCAUAUGGCGGGGCAGAAUGCACCACCAGAAUCACCGCCGGAUGAUGUACAUAUGAGGCCAUUUUGGUUGAUGCGGCUGUUGGGGCGUACAAUGGCGAGUGGAGGAUAUUUAACCGAGAAGCUGUAUGUUCCUAAUCGUGUUUGGGCUCAAGCAACUGUCAAGUUUUCCGCUAUAGAAGCAAAAGUUUCUAGUUGUGACAUUAUAUAUAACUGUUUGUUGAGGCUGGAAAAGAUUCCUGUUCACGAUAUGGAUGGUCUUGUCAAGGAAUUGGACUCUAUCGAUUCUACCAUUGAAACUAUCCAAAAUACUCUGGCUCGUAAGCUCAGUUAUGUAGAAUCGACAAAUGGAAAGAGUCGCCAGAGUACUAACUCUAUUAUGAACUGGGGCAACAAAAUAAGUCAGCGACUUGAUCGAAUGUCUGACAAACGCAGCGAGACUAAUACAUAUGUAGAAAUUUUAUUGAAAGUAUUUGCUAAUGCUAAAGUUGUGGGUGAGUAUAGGUUACAUUUUGAGAUACUUCGUCUUGAAUUAUUGUAG